UCUUUUAAUUAGCAAAUUAAAACAAUGGAAAAGUGAUUAAAUUUGCCAGCCAUUAUUCUUCAUCUAAAACUCGUCUACGACAAGGCGAUAGUGCAAAUUAUAUUUGAUAACAAUAUUACGUGUUUACACCUACGAGCGCCAAAUAAAAUAACGCGCGCUGGUCGUGCUUUAAAGAAAGUUGUGAAAAAAUACCAACAAAAGUAGCAACAGUAGAUAACACAAAACUAAAAUGUUGCAUGAAGAAGGCAAUCUCCAACCUAAUGAAAAUAAACCAGAAAGCUUGGAAAAUGAAGAAAGUGCACCAAAUGCAGAUAAGGAAAUAGAGCAACCUGCAGUAAAUGAACCUAUGGAUGUUGGAAUUGUUGAAGAAAAUGAAGAAUCUUUUCCAAGAAAAAAACAAAAAUUUAAUGAAAAUGAACAGGGUGAUGAAGAAAAUAUUGAAUCAACUGUGAAAAAGCCGGAUGAGGAGCAACUGGUUAAGGUAUCAGAAAAGAAAACUGAAACAGAUGUAGAUACAGAUAAAAACUCAAAAAAUACUGCCACAAAAAAUAAAAGUAUUUCUUUGAAAUCGCAAAAUAUCACUAAAGAGUCUGCAGAGGCCGCAUCCAUGGUGGGCAGUAAUUUACCGAAACAAUUGCUAACAGUCAUUUCCAACUUGUACUUGAAUGUGGGUGAACGCUUGCAUUUAGAUUUCCCUCCAAGAUGUCUUGAUGAUUUGGCUUUUUGCCAUCGUCAUCAUUACCGUUCGGAGCUACCAGAUGCUCCUGCAGCUUCACAAACACACAGUUUACGUAGUGCCCUGCAACAUUAUCGCUAUGUGCUAUUUAUUAAUACCACCACAGACAUGUGCCAUCGUGGUGAGUUUCCCGGCAAAGGAAUUUUUACAAAAAUUAUAGAAUUAGUUCUGAGUAUAAACUACGCCACCGAACAGCACAAAGACAAUAUUUCCAUCCAUCAGCAAUCAUAUCACAAGUCUAUAGCAUUAUUUUCCAUGGUGGUACGAACAUUUCCACCUUGUUGGCAUAAAAUGCGUCCCUAUUAUGUGGGCUUUUUAGAAUACGGCUUAGAUUCAACAAAACUCAAAUCUAAUAAAGACGAAGCUCUUUCAAAAUCAGCGAAAAUCUUUGAUAUACUAUUAGAUUUAUUGGAGGAGACAUUAAAGAACUCAAGACAUGAAGAUAUAACAACUUCAAAAAGUGAAACGUUACAAUUGCCCCAAAAUGUAAAUUUAGAUGCUACAUCACCGCUGCCCAACACAGAGUUGAGUAUGUGUAGUGAUUAUUGGAAUCAAAAUGAAUACGAGGAAAGAGAAAGACAAAAGCAAACAUUUGAUGCCUUACCCAUGGAUCAGAAGCUGGAGAGAAUUUUCAUGGCUCUAAGAUUGUUACUGCAGAUAUUGGAAAAUGAUUUGGCCAUGUGGAUGUUGCAUCACAAUAAGAAAACCAAAGAAUGGAUAUUUUGUGCAGAAAAUCGGCCAUUAAUAGUAGUGCUUUGUGAUUUGACGCAAUACACCAGAAUGACCCGAGUGGCAAGAAGAAUCUUUAGCAUUUACAGUGAGGCUGCUGCUAAGGGCUUGUGUAAGAAACGUUUAAGAGUUUUAGAGCGUUUUAUAUCCUUGUUAAUGGUGGCCAGCAACACUGCGGAUAUGGAAAAUACUGCCAUUGGUGUCAAAUAUCCCUUCUUAGGAGAGCAAACUAAAACAUUAAUACAAGAAUUCUUUAAAAUUUUCAAAGCCCACAAUCGUGAAGAAAUUUCCAAGUAUAUGGAAACCAUCGAACUUUUACGUAUACCCUAUGUUCGCUAUGAAUUUAUUGAUAACGUUUUAAUCAUGUUUCAAUUCACAAAUACCGAACCGCUAACUCCUCAAAAGAUAGCUUUGGAUAUAGCCAAAAAACGUUGGCUGAAAUAUAAACCAGCUGCUGAACUUACAGCAGGCGCUGAUGAUAUCUCGCGCGAACAGUACUUACAUUUACUGCUGGAUGCCUUGCGCAUGUAUUGCGAAUUUCAUGGUUCGAAAACGUUUUUGCAUGUCAUCACUGAUAUCAAGAAAAUUUCGCCUUUAACUACCACCAAUGAUUCGGUUCAUCGUUGGCCAACUCAUGGCAGUGGUGUGUUGGUUCUAAGCAAAAUGGCAAAAGAUAUUGAUGUGUUACGUUCUAAACUGAAGGUCACCGUAAGAAUGUCAAAACCCAAAGUAGAUUUACCUUUGGCCGAUAUCUGUAUUGAUGAGGCUAUUAUUUUAAAAUAUCGCACCGAUUUGAAAUUUAUUGUAAGUCUGCAAAAUGUUUUGCUUAAACAAAAAGAAACAUAUCCCGAUGUCGACUUCACCGAAUGGAUGGAAUUUCUAAAGGAGUUUUCUCCAAAAAAGUUGUCGAAAGAAGAAACCAACUAAAAUAUUUUUAAAGUAACAGUAUGAUUAAUUGAAUCUAUUUAUUAUACCCUUCACCAUGAGUGGCAAGGGUAUAUAUAAGGUUGUCAUUCCGUUUGUAAUUUCUACAUUUUUCAUUUACGACCCCAUAAAGUAUGUAUAUUCUGGAUCGUUAUAGAUAGCGGAGUCGAUAUAGCCAUGUACGUCUGUCCGUCUGUGUGUUGAAAUCAACUUUCCAAAUCCCCUAAAUAACUUACAAUCAUGAUUGAUACAUCAAAAUCUCCAGAAUUCUUCCGGCUCGGUUGCUAUUUAAAUUUUAAAAUCGAGAAAAUCGGUCCACAAAUCGGUCACAAACACACAACAACAACAUUCUACAAUGUGGAAUGGAUGAAAUGAGAAUAACAAAUCAAACACACGCAUGCAUAAUUUGUAUAUGGUUGAGUGUGUUUCGUUUAUUUUUUAUUUUUGUUGGUGUUAUUUUUUUAACAUACAAUUGUGCAAGACUUGUUUUCUUUAUUUGGUUAGUUUUGACUGAGCAUUCGUAGUGUAAGUACGUAUCUUUGGUGAAGGGUAUAUAAGAUUCGGCACAGCCGAAUAUAGCUCUGUUACUUGUUUUUGUUUAAUUUUUCUAAGUUUAGGAUGCAGCUUUUUUGAAUUUAUAUCUAUGUAUAUCCUUUCAAUUUAUUGUCUGUAAUUGAAUUCGAAAUCACCACGUUGUCUGUACUCAGUUUUUAUUUUUAUAAUAAAUUACUAGUUUAUUUAUAAUAAAUUAUAAUGUAAAAUUUUGGAUUUCAGA